AUGUUAAAGGCCCGUGGAAUAAUUGGCCCCAUUUAUGGCCUGAAUUUGCAUCCGCCCAUAUAUAGUGAGUUGCGAGCCGCCCCUCCUGCUGUCACUGACUCGAAGCCGAAGAAGAAGAUAUGUUGCGCUUGCCCCGACACCAAGAGGCUGAGAGAUGAGUGCAUCGUCGAGUACGGGGAGUCUGCGUGCACCAAGUGGAUCGAGGCUCACAAGCAAUGCCUCCGUGCCGAGGGGUUCAAGGUCUGAUUCUU